AUGUCGACUGAUAAGAUUACCUUCUUGACCAACUGGCACGCUACGCCAUACCACGCUCCUCUCUAUCUUGCCCAGAGCAAGGGAUAUUUCAAAGAUGAAGGCGUCAAGGUCGCUCUUCUUGAGCCCAACGACCCAAGCGAUGUCACGGAAAUCAUCGGAUCUGGAAAGGUCGACCUUGGCUUCAAGGCCAUGAUCCAUACUCUCGCCGCCGCAGCUCGUGGCUUCCCCGUUCAGUCAAUCGGUUCCCUGCUCAACGAACCCUUCACCGGUGUUGUGUACUUGACCUCUUCUGGUAUAACCCCCGACUUCACAACCCUCAAGGGUAAGAAGAUCGGCUACGUUGGAGAAUUUGGCAAAAUCCAACUCGAUGAACUCACCGCGCACUACGGUAUGUCACCUGAUGACUACCAAGCCAUUCGUGUGGGCAUGAACGUCACACGGUCUAUCAUCACUGGCGAAAUCGAUGCUGGCAUAGGCCUCGAGAAUGUCCAGAUGGUUGAGCUUGAGGAGUGGCUUGCUAGCCAGAACCGCUCGCGCGACGAAGUGAAGAUGCUCCGCAUCGAUGAGCUUGCACAACUCGGCUGCUGCUGCUUCUGCAGCAUUCUCUAUAUCGGAAACAACGACUUUAUCAAACAGAACCCAGAGAAAGUACGUGCUUUCCUGCGUGCGUGCAAGCGCGCAACUGACUUCGUUCUUGCGUCUCCCGACCAAGCCUGGGAGGAAUUCUGCAGCUUCAAGUCCGCUAUGAAUACGCCGACCAACCAUAAGAUCUUUGAACGCAGCUUCGCGUACUUUAGCCCCGAUCUUCAGAAUGUCCAGCGUGACUGGGACAAGGUCACCCGCUACGGCAAGAGACUUGGUGUGUUGGACAACACCUUCAAGCCCAACUACACGAACGAGUACUUAGCUUGGGGUCUUGAGGAUGAAACUGAUGACCCUACUGGCGAUCAGAAGAGGAUGGUGGAGCUGCAGGAGGGUGUUAAACAGCAUGGUGGGUUCAAACGUCUCGAGACCAUGUCUGGUAAGACUGUCAUUGGUGCUGCUGCCUCUGCUGUGGCUUGA